AUGGAUUCUGAACCCCGCCUAUAUCACAAUGAUCGAUAUGAGGAUGUGACGUCCGACUUCAAGGAGUACGCGUCUAAAAUGAAGGUUGGUGAGCUUGCACAUGUGCCAGACUUCAAGCUGUUUGAUGCGAUCAAUGCCUUUGAAAUGGGUAGUGCUCGCAUGGACACCGGCCUCAAGUUCAGGCCACUGCAAGACGACCUGAAGGCAAUUCCAAAAGUAUCGAGCGCUCAAGACGUUUGUGACUUGGCAGAUAUUCUGGUGGCUGAGGAAAUGGCUUGGCACCAAGGUAAUAUGCCUCUGCGAACAAUCUUUUGCUGCUUGCCUUUUGAAGAAGUCGUCACAAACGUCACUGAAUUGUCCCUCGAUAACUUCACACUGGUCAAGGACGAGUCCAAACCGCUACUGAAAUACCUUGAAUCGCUGCUCGUGGUCUCUUCGUGGCAUGAUGUGGCUCGGAUCUACAUUCUUGCAACCAUAAAGGUCUCCUCGAUGACGAUGGCUUUCAUCGAGAAUGAACCAGUCAUAAUUCCUCUUGAUGAGGACUUUCACAUUGCGCACGGCAACUAUUACAUGCUUGAAAACACACCGCUAGACCUUGUUCUCCGACUAUUGGAUGCCGCGCUGCGUUUCUCAAAAACAGAAAAGUCGGUUGUCCGUCGAUUGCAACUCAAAGCGAGUUGGCUGCAAGUGAUCAAACAGAAGUUUGCUAAAAAGCCCGUCCAUGUUGACAAUGUGAUACAGGCUUUGACUGUAUAUGACGACUAUGACUUUGACCGCGAAAACCCCAUGAGGGUUACCCUCAGUGAUGGUGUGCAGUCUAGAGCCACCAAUUUCUCUCUUGCCCAGCCUCUGGUUGUUAUUCCUCUCAAGGAUGCUGUAGAGCAAUGGCGCAAGAUCGCUGCAAGUCUGAAGGAUUUGGCCAGAGUCACUUCCAUUACCCGAUCGGCCGACCUUAUGGGCUUUUUCCUCGUGUUUUCGUCAGAGGGGCAUCUGCCGAUCGUGCGGGCAUCUCUCAAACAGGUGAUUGCGCUGAGUGACAUUCUUGGUCAAAGCGUGCGCACUUGGAUUGUCAAAGAUAUUAGAGAACUCAGCUGCCCAGACUGGGAUCCUCAUAAAAGCCGGAGCCUGUACGAGCCCUACAUUACACAGGCUUCGCAAUGUUACAUGGAAUUGAUCACAACAUUUUUACAUACCCGGCCAUUGCAGCGCGAAGGUCUUUUUGGGCUGGUCAGUCUGUAUGACAGUCUGCAAGUGACCGCAGACCAGAUCGAUGAGGCCGCUUCACAACAAGGCCUUGGUCGUAAAUUACACACAGGCAGCAACCAAAAAAUUUGGGCCCUUGAACUUUCCUCAGCGGUGCAGCUACGUAAACUCCAGGUUAUGCUCUGGCUAGUUCUUUACACGGUCGAACUAGAAAUUGCUCUUCCCUGGGAGUACCCCUAUGUGUUCUGGUAUGCUGCCCAGUUGUGCCAACAUCUCAUCGAUCAACUCGGAAGACUAAAGGCGUACUUUGAACAGCAUAAUAUGCGGUCUACUCAGGAGGGCUAUUCCUACUUGGUGGCAUUAGAGCUGGAAGCCAGAGGACUCAGUCAAGUGUGUUCAGCACAGUAUUUGAUUCAUGUCGCUCUCGACAAGCUGGGAAUGAUCAAAAAGCCGAAAGCCAUUCUGACUCCCGAUCUUUCUCUCCAGUACGGUCUCCGGUUCCAGGUAUUCGAGUCGGUUGGCGUGCCCCCCAUGGCCACCCUUGACGACUUUAAUACCGUUUACGAGAAGCUGACCCCCGAAAUUGCUCUGGAAGCAGGCCGGAACUCGCUCAGCGGCGCGGUCUCACUUCUCAAAACCCUCACUCGUGUGACGCAGGAAAACACAGAAAUGGCCCUCAUCGUCCGCUCUUGCGUGGGGUUACAGGUAGCCAUCACCCAGAUUGAAAAAUCAAACGCACAAGCCGCGCUCAACUAUGAGCGAUCUGGUUAUCAUCGCUACUUCCCAGUGGUUUCUCCUAUAAAAGACAGCGCAAAUUAG